AUGAGUGAGGUGAUGACAGGCGCCUCGUUUAUGUGGUGCACAUACGCUGUGUGCAUGCAUGUGUUUGCGUAUGCGUGGAAACUGAACAAAGGUCUGCCAGCGCCGCCACAGCCACCUGCCCUCAAUCAGGAAAAAGAGCUUACAACACACAAGAGAGUUUUUGUGUGUGUGUGUGUGUGUGUGUGUGUGUGUGUGUGUGUGUGUGUGUGUGUGUGUGUGUGUGUGUGUGUGUGUGUGUGUGUGUGUGUGUGUGUGUGUGUGUGUGUGUGUGUGUGUGUGUGUGUGUGUGUGUGUGUGUGUGUGUGUGUGUGUGUGUGUGUGUGUGUGUGUGUGUGUGUGUGUGUGUGUGUGUGUGUGGUGUGUGUGUGUGUGUGUGUGUGUGUAAAGAGAAAGACAGAGACCAAGACAGGCAGACAAAGAGAGGGGGAGAGUUGUACCCAGCAGCUGUGUCUGUUGGCUGGCACGCAUCGCCGACCCGGCAGGUCGCACAUGUCCACACUGCACCGCAUGUUCACUGUCUCAAAUAAAUCAUCCAACAACAACCAAAAGUCAUCCAGCCUUCACACCCGCACCACAACAGUGCCACAAAUCACACCAGCCCACAGCCACAGCCACAGCCGACCGGAACAAGUGAAGGGGCUGUGUAUAUGUGUGUGUGGCGAGCGAGCGAGUUGUAAAAUGCGUAGUGUGUGUGUGUGUGUGUGUCUCUCUCUCUCUCUCUCUCUCUCUCUCUCGCUCUCUCUCUCUCUUUUUCUAGCUGUUACGAUGUCAGAUUCUAUUGUCAGACGAUAUUUAAAGUGUGGUGAUCGAAACCAGGGCGGAAUGGCGGCAGUUCAAGGACGUGGGCGCAGCGACUUUGUGCGCCAGCUCUGCGCUGCGCGUGGAACUGAUCCCGGCAUCAGCCCACACCAGAACCCUGUGCGUGUGGCCAAUAACGUCAUCAAAACACUGCAAACGACAUCAGAUGCUCUGCUGCUAACGGACCGUACUCUGCCCAUCAGCCGCCUGUCACUUUUGGGCAGCAUCGACGCCAUCAUCGGCAAGACCAAGCUCAUCACUGUUAGCGUCGGACAGAUUGAAGGUCAAUUGCAGUCACCCGACAUUGAUACCGCUGCACUGGUGGGCCGAUUAGCUGGCAUUGCUGAAGCUGGUGUUUUGAUUGCCGAGUCCGUGGCUCAGCUUCUCUUUAUGAUGGGCAUUCAAACCAAUGACUGCCGUCCCCCCGUCCCUGCCAUCAUCGACACCUACCCUUUGAUUCGCGGCCGACUUGCCAUUGAACUGGCCCUGCGCGUUUUUGAAAUGCCCCUGCUGGCCGAGCAAAGCACUGUGGCUCUCGAUGAAAUGCUCAACAUUGCCUCUGUCAUGGCCACCCAACUUGAAGCCGUCCAAGAUGCGUGCAUCGAAGCACAAGGCCGAGCGCGCCCGGGCUGGCCCAAGGACCAGCUUGUGGCCUGCACACGAGCCAUCAGUGGGUCCGUAGCGGCCUUUGUAGCUUGCACCAAAGAAUACGCCCGCGAACCCACAGAUGCCAAGCUUCGAUGCCUACAAGCCUUUGCUCCGGGUGUUGCUGCUGCCUUCUCGGGCGUGGAGCAGUUUGCAACUGCCGAGUCCAGCUUUGAAGGUCGAGCCGCCUACAUCAACAAUGCCGCGCGCCAAGCCGCCAAAAAAUUGCGGGCACCAGCUGUCACUGUAAUGAGCAGCACUAUUCUGUGUGUCAAGACCAUCAAGGACGUGCUCAAACAACCAACAUCAUCCGUUUUUCGCCAGCGCCUUUCCACAUAUGCGGCCUCCAUGGAGGACUCGCUGGGCAUGUUGUGUGAUGCCGUGCGAGAAUUAGCCACCCUUGACAUCCUUUUGGACGCGCCCGUUGUCAAACUCGAAGGGCUUGUCGUCACACAGGGCACGUCCUCUGCCCUUACCGCAUCUGAAGUUGGCGAUGACGACGAUGAUGACGAUGAUGAUGACGACGACGACGAUGAUGAUGAUGAUGACGCCUCCCCGGCCGACGAAUGA